AUGUGUUUCUUUCUGUCCGCUCUUUCCAAGCAACUUUGUACAAUAAAUUGUAAGAAACUCUUUCUCAACUAUACGCAAGGAAACUAUCGUUGUUUUGGUGUUCGUUGUAUUCAUUCGAAAUCGUCAAUUGAGUCGCGAAGAUCAAAACAUCAAUUAGAUAAUUUUUCUGUUGAUUCACAUAAAUUACAUAGCGAUAUUCACAUAUUAACAUCAGACGGUAUUCUUCGCGUUCGUCGUGGUCCAUUUGAUCGAGCUGAAAUCUGUCGUGAAUAUAAUGUCGGACCGCGAGAUUUACAAAAAAUCGAUACUGAUCUUCACAUAAAUGUUCCUCUGAUCAGUGUUCGCCAUGGAAAAUUGAUUUGUUUUUCGUUUCGACGCCACCGAGCUCUUGUCCAGUCCGAUCGAACUGUUUUCUUCGUGCCAUCAAACGAAAAAAUUCCUUAUGAACCUUUUGAAAUAAAGAAUGUCGAUGAAUGGAAAAAAAUCAUUCAUGCUUAUCAUCGAAAUGUUCGAUAUGUUCAUGAACUUUACAACCAACGAUUCGACACAGAAAACACGGAAGCAUUUUCUCAGCUGCCAUUCGAAUUACGAAUUAUGGAAAUAAUCGGAGAAUCGAUCGCUUACGGUUUGACAUUGAAAACACAUGAUAUUCUCAUGGAAUUUGAAACAGUACGUCAAAGUAGUUAUGAUCAAAUAACUCUUGGAAAUCUUCGUCAAUUUGCACUUAUUAAAAGUAAAGUCGAUAAACAUCAACGAAAUGCUGAUCUUGCACAUAAAGCUUGGCUUGAUAUACUCACCUAUGACGAAGAUAUGAUCGGAAUGUAUCUCACUGAAAAUCGACAAAAAGAUGCUUCUGAUUUGAGCGAAGUUGAACUUUUACUCGAAUCUUGUGCUAAACAAAUGGCUGAAGUUUGCCGAUCAGUUCACGAUCUGAAAGAUUCUGUUCAGAAUAUCGAAAGUACAACUGGAUUUAUGCUUGAUGCCGUCAGAAAUCAACUUUUAGCUUUUGAAAUACAAAUUAAUAUAAUUACAAUGGGACUCGGACUUGGAGCAUUCAUUACAGCUAUAUACGGAAUGAAUCUUUCUAGUGGACUCGAAGAACAUCCACGUGCAUUAUUUGUGGUCGCCGCUUUUUCGUCAUGUAUCGUUAUUGCAUCAAUUGCGAUGGGGGGUUAUCGUUUAUUCAAAUAUAGAAGAAUUAAACUACAUCGAUCGAAUUAA